AUUAUGGUCACUGCCAGCCGCUUACAAUCAGGCUCAUCUUGUGUGGAGGAUUUCUGGAAAUGGGAUCAGGCUACUUACAGGAGCUUAGCAUGACGUACUGCAACUUUGAGUUUAAUCAUGAGGCUCUACGGCAAUCUCCCACCUUUCCAGGAGAUCAGUACAUCAAGGUUAGCUUCACCUGUAAGUUAGGAAGCAAAAAAGCCAAUUUAUGGAAUUUUUCUCUGUUUUUUUGGCACAAUGGGCAAGGAGAGAGCUUUGCAGAAAUAAGACUCUGGCGUUAAUCCUGGUUCCUCUUUAGUUGUUCAUCUCUGCGCUUUUGCCCUGCAAUGGAUUCCCUGCUGAACUAAUUUUCCUGUCUUUUUGUGCCAGCCAGAGGACACCCUGAUUCCACAGUAACAAGGAAACAAGACGUUGGAAUACUCCCGAUUUAAGUCAAGUGUUUACUGGAAUUUGGGAUCUUCUUGAGGCUCAAGGUCAUUUAUCUCCCUUCUUUGCUGACAAGGACACGUCCCAGAACUGGACAAUGGCUUUGAUGGUGGUCAAGUUUGACCUGAAAAAGCGAGUGAAGCUCGCUCAGACAGUCUGGUUCAUGUACUGGUUUGCUGUUCUGGCUGGCAUCCUUGUCCUCAGCUUGGGUUUGUUCUUCAAAAUAGAGCUGCGAAAACGCUCAGAACUGAUGGACAACAAUGAAAGUCACUUUCUGCCCAACUUGCUCAUACUCAUGGGUCUCAUAGCAUGUGGCAUCAAUGCGUUUGGAGGCAAAGUGUGCUACGACUCUCUAGAUCCGGUCAAGUUUGCCAAGUGGAAGCCCAUGCUGAAGUACUUCUUAGUGUUCUGCGUGUGCUUCAACGGCCUGCUGCUCAUGACUUCCCUGCUGUGCUUCCUGAUGAGGAUCCCUCUGCAGUUCACCCUGGCUGAGGGAAUAAAAAACGGCAUGAAGUUCUACAAGGACACAGACACUCCGGGACGGUGCUACAUGAAGAGGACCCUGGACCUGAUGCAGAUGGAGUUUCGAUGCUGUGGAAAUGACAAUUUUAGAGAUUGGUUUGAGAUCCAGUGGGUCAGCAACCGCUACCUUGACUUCAGCUCAAAGGAAGUUAAAGAUCGCAUUGGGAGCAAUGUGGACGGCCAAUAUCUGAUGGAUGGAGUGCCGUUCAGCUGCUGUAACCCCAGUUCCCCACGACCCUGCAUUCAGUACCAGAUGACAAACAAUUCGGCCCACUACAGUUACGACCACUACACCGAGGAGCUCAAUGUGUGGAAGAAAGGCUGCCGCGACGCCCUGCUGUCCUACUAUGGAGGCAUCAUGAACACCAUAGGAGCACUGGUGGUGCUGGUGACAAUGCUGGAGGUAGCUGUGACCGUUGGCCUGCAGUACGUCAACAGCUCCUUGUCCACCCUGGCAAACCCGGAGGAGGUGGAGAGCGAAAGCGAGGGCUAUCUGCUGGAGAAGACCGUCAAGGAGACGUUCACAGAUAUCAUGGCUAAAAUGAAGGCCAUGGGCAAAGGCGGCAAAGUGGAGGAAGGUGGGGAGGAAGCUGUUGCGACUGUGAGUUGAGCGAAACUGCAGCUGCAGAAACCAUGAACACUCCCAAACCAUGAACACUGGAAAAAAAAGAGAGGGGGGGGGGGACAGCACCUAUUUGUGUUGUUUUCUGUCAGCAUUUAUUUUGUAUUCACUAUCAGAACCAACACAUGAUAAUGACUUCAUUUUAAAUACGUUAAUGACAAAUGGACUCUUCUUCAUAUAGAUAAUGGGUCAUACUGAUGUCAACUUUUCCAGUUUGCAUUUCUGCUCACACCAACCCUGUUUUACAUGAAGCCAAUAGUAGAAAUUCUGUACAAAUGAUGGAUUUUAGACAGAUUACUAUCUCGCACCACAUGUACUGAUAAUUGACUAUUUUCCAAUUAGGAUUAGGUGUUUAAUGUUUACUCUUUGUUUCUUUAUCACAUAGUUUGUGGGGUUGGUGGUUGCUAUGCAACCCCCCCUCAUGGAAACCAAGAAUACAGACACAUUUCAAUUAGUUAAAUUUGUCUGUAAAGACAAACAAAACAAAAAAAAAAAAUCCAAAUUUAGCCCUCUUUUUACUGCCAUUGAGCUCUUUUUAUCAGUUGAUGUUUGAAUGCUGGAUUUGCUCCUACAAACUGGAGUAAAAUAUUUUCCAAGUCACCAUGAAUUCCAUUCUGAAGCUGUGGGACGUGGCUGAGGAGAAGCUGUGGUUGAGGAUAUUGGCAGCUAAAUAUGGGCUCCCCCAUUCUAUAAAGUUGGCUUUCCUUUCUCUUGUGCAUUCACCAUCAAUUAAUUACCACAUACAGCAUGUAUGUAUGUAUAUGUAUGUAUGUAUAUUAUUAUCACUGGGUCUUUGUACAUAGUGUAGAAAAAAUAUUUUUUUAAAUACUGUAAUUAAGGUAUAUCUUUUCUUUAAUUCUGAGUUGAGAUUUUUUCCAGAUGAUAUUUUGGGGUUUAUGUGUUGAUGUAGAAAAAAAAUGUACAAAUAAAUAAAGGAUUUUAGAGAUGA